AGUCGAUUUUAUUAAUUAUAAAGUAGAUAUAUAACCGCUUUUUGCUUGUGUGAUGUUAAGAAUAAAUAUUUGGGAGAGGUUUAAAAAGACUGAUUUUUAGUAUUAAAAUAAAAUUCCUUCCAAACGUGAUAGAAUCGAGACUGCUUAAUCACUUCCACAUCGCUUUGGACCGCUAAGCUUUUAUCACAGCUGAGCGAUUAGGGUAAAUAAUGAUAAAUUAUAGCAAAUGCUCCGUUAAAAAGCAACUCAACCGCUGUAGAUCGCUGUCCAAGGACGUCACGGUGGUGUCCGCGGAGCUCCCUAUCGAGCACGGGUCGUUCGUCAGCAAGAUUCGCGACAACAUCAGCUCGUGGGUGCUGUGGUGGCGUCAACGCCGUCUUCGGAUGGGCGCACCGCAGACCCCAAAGCAAAUCGAGGAGGAUGAUUGCGUGCCCCGCGUGGCCAUCGUAGAAGAAGUUCGGGAGCAAGAGCGGAAGCUGGAGAAGCAGCGCCGGGGGGCUUCCUCGGGGCCUCGCCGGCGCGGGCUCGAGAACGAGCUGGAGGGCGAGCGCAGGAGGCCGCGCCGCAAGCCCCGGAAGAGGUCGCUGCCAAAGCUUUGCAGCCAAGAGGAGGAGGCGGGGAGACCACCACAAGGCGGUGUGGUAACCUUUGAGCCAAUUCAACACGACCACGAUUUUUGCGAGCGAGUUGUAAUCAAUGUUAGCGGACUAAAAUACGAAACUCAACUACGGACAUUAAAUCAAUUCCCAGAAACACUUUUAGGAGAUCCGUCAAGGCGGAUACGAUACUUUGACCCACUACGGAACGAAUACUUCUUUGACCGGAACCGACCCUCCUUCGACGCAAUCCUAUACUAUUAUCAAAGCGGCGGCCGACUGCGGCGUCCGGUCAAUGUUCCACUGGACGUAUUCUCGGAGGAAAUCAAGUUUUACGAACUUGGCGAGCAAGCCACCAACAAAUUCCGUGAGGAUGAAGGUUUCAUAAAGGAAGAAGAGAAACCUCUCCCUUCAAACGAACGACAGCGCAAGAUUUGGCUUCUGUUUGAAUACCCUGAGAGUUCACAGGCUGCCCGAGUAGUUGCCAUCAUCUCCGUGUUUGUCAUCCUCCUCUCUAUCGUCAUCUUCUGCUUGGAAACGCUUCCAGAAUUUAAGCACUACAAGGUCUUUAACACCACAACAAAUGGUACCAAGAUUGAAGAGGAUGAAGUGCCCGACAUCACUGAUCCCUUUUUCCUCAUUGAGACUCUCUGUAUAAUCUGGUUUACGUUCGAAUUGAUAGUGCGGUUCUUAGCAUGUCCGAACAAGUUUAAUUUCUUUAGAGACGUGAUGAACAUUAUAGAUAUAAUAGCUAUCAUUCCUUACUUCAUCACUCUGGCCACCGUGGUCGCCGAAGAGGAAGACACGCUGAACCUCCCCCGGGCGCCAGUAUCCCCGCAAGACAAAUCGACUAACCAAGCCAUGAGUCUCGCCAUACUUCGAGUGAUUCGUCUCGUACGAGUCUUCAGAAUCUUCAAGUUAUCCCGUCAUUCCAAAGGAUUGCAAAUCUUGGGACGAACAUUGAAAGCAUCGAUGCGAGAACUUGGACUUUUAAUAUUUUUCCUGUUCAUAGGUGUGGUGCUGUUUUCAUCUGCGGUGUACUUCGCUGAAGCCGGAAGUGAGAACAGCUUCUUCAAAUCCAUACCUGAUGCGUUUUGGUGGGCGGUCGUGACAAUGACGACCGUAGGAUACGGAGACAUGACGCCGGUUGGAGUGUGGGGCAAAAUUGUCGGUUCGCUGUGUGCGAUCGCCGGUGUGCUCACCAUCGCGCUGCCGGUGCCCGUCAUCGUCUCCAACUUCAACUACUUCUACCAUCGCGAGACUGAUCAGGAGGAGAUGCAGUCCCAGAACUUCAACCACGUCACUAGUUGUCCGUACCUGCCGGGGACCAUGGGGGAACCCUAUUUAAUUUCAGGCCCGAUACAGAAGAAGUCGUCAAUGAGCGACGAUUCAUCCUCAGAGAUGAUGGAGCUGGAUGAAAACGCUCUAGUAGCGGAUCCGCACUUGGAGCAGAACCUGCGGCGGCUGCAGGAGGAGGAGAAGUUGCUGCUGGAGCAGCAGGCGGCACUAGAAGCCGGCAACAUGGACGACUUCGCGGCCCUCGAGCACCAGGACGCUCUGCGUCUUAACCAGUUGCAACAGCAAGAGCUUCAGAAGAAGCAACAGGUGCAAGCGCAGCGAUUAGCGCUGCGCCAGGCGCAAAUGAACAACGCGCAGCCACCGGCGCACGAGGCGGCGCAGCGCCGGGAGCCGACCAUGCGCCGGCGCACCACCUGCACCGUCCGCGUCAACAACCUGCAUGCUGCCGAAGCUAUAGAAACGGACGUCUGACCAUUGGAUAAGGCGAGCCAGCGCGACGAGGGCGGCGGCGCCGGCUGCGAGCACGCGCGUGCGCGCGCAGUGUGGCGCGGCCGGUUGCCCGCGCGCUCCCCGCCGCCCUGCCACGUGUGAGACACAUGCCUCACACACGCCGACCCCUCGUGACACACACGUCCCCCGGACACAUCACCCGACACCAGUGUUGAACGUGAACUAUUAGGUGCUUCACUUUUAUCUCAAGCGAACCAUUAGGUAGUAAUAUAGCGCCGAAAUGUUUGAAAGUAAGCUUGUAGCUUGCUGAAAAAUGAUAUACAUAUUAAGCUGCCAUGACUGGCUAUGUGCUACAUUUUAGUCAGGGUUAGCGGGAAGCGCGUUUUGCUCGUCGGCCCUGAUUGUAAAUACGAACAACUUCUAUGACACCUAGAAUGGUUCUUCGUGAAUAUAUCAAUAGGCCUAUAGAAGUAUUCGUUAUGUACAUGAACCUAAAGUAUCGCUUUCUGCUUAUCCAUAUAGUUCAUUUGUAAAUAGUAUAAGAUGGUAGCGGCUCGCGCGCCAUCCUCCUGAAUAUGGACAACCGAAAGUGAUGCCAUGGAGAGAAUCAUUCUGUGGAACAUCUCUCCUCUUAGAGGUCUAAAUUUGUACUUUAUAUGACUCAGUUUAAGGCAAGACACAUUGAUUUGUUUGAUAAAAUCAGUGCUAGCUUCCGAGACAAUUCAAUAGUUGACUGUGAUGGCCUAAUCCGAAUAUUGGCCCUGGUAACCACUGGAGAUAACUUCAACCUAAAAAGUGAUCUGGUGUAUCUCCGGACGUAGUUGGCUAUCGACGUUUUUAUAAUAAUUUAAACGACAAAAUUAUAUGACCAGGUAAAAUGUACGGUCUAGAAAAUAAACAGUACCUUGUCGUGUCUUGUCACUA